AUGACGGCUCAGAUCAUUGUGAUGGGGGCUCAGGUGGUCGGAAGUGCAUUCGCAAGAGCUUUACGACAAGAAUUUGCAGCCAGUCAGGUGGCCGCAGAGGCCAGAGGUCAAGCCGACUGACAGUCUGCGGCUGCGUCGAGUUUCACUGGAAUGACUUUACAAGAAGCCCAACAGAUACUGAACAUCUCCACACUAACACCAGAGGAGACACAGAAGAAUUAUGAAGAUCUAUUUAAAGUCAACGACAAAGCUGUUGGCGGCUCUUUUUAUCUUCAGUCAAUGGUGGUGCGGGCAAAAGAACUUGAUGGAGAACUCUCUAUUCAACAACAGCACCAAAUGAAACCACCAGACCAGCAGCAGCAAACAUGA